AAACAAUAAUUAAUUCCGCCCAGCCUAACUAUCUAUAAUCUUCUAGUCUCUCUCUGUAAACAACGGAAACCGACUAGCUUCUACUUAUAUUUGUUGAGGAAGUCAUGUCUGAACUUCCAAACUUGUAUACAAUGUUGUAUUCUCGUUUAGUGAAUGGGAUGUUGUUUUCUUUGUAUAUCGUUUUUAUAAUGUUAAUAAGUAGUAGUAGAAUUGAAGCAAAGGUGAAGCUACCGCCCAACGUAGUUGUAAAGGCGGUUUAUGCAUUCGGAGAUUCAAUUGUGGAUCAGGGAAAUAAUAAUAAUAUUGUGACCACGCCAGUCAAGUGUAAUUUUCCACCUUAUGGAAAGGACUUCAUGGGCGGUAUGCCAACCGGACGGUUCAGCAAUGCCAAGACUCCACCGGACAUGAUAGCCAAAGAACUAGGUCUUAAAGAGCUGAUACCAGCUUAUCUAGAUCCAAAUCUGAAAGUUGAAGAUCUAAAAACUGGAGUAAGCUUUGCAUCAGGAGGCAGUGGAUAUGACCCUCGAACAUCUACAAUCAAUUCAGCUAUACCACUAUCAGCACAAUUAAAUCAUUUCAAAGAAUACAUUGGGAAGCUGAAGGAAUUGGUUGGGGAAGAAGAAGGCAAUUACAUUUUAAACAAUAGCUUAUUCAUACUGGUUGCUGGGUCUGUUGACAUUGCCGGGCUUACUGGUAGCUACUACGAGGACGUAAUUCGCCAAAAGCUGUACGAUAUCGACUCAUAUACCAGUCUUCUAGCGUCCUAUGCUUUCGACUUUGUCCAAGAAUUGUACAAGUUGGGUGCAAGAAAUAUUGCAUUUUUGGGAGUUCCACCAUUAGGAUGUGUGCCAGCGCAGAGAACAUUAGCUGGAGGUCCAACUAGAAUGUGUGCUGAGGAAUACAAUCAAGCGUCCGAAUUAGCCAACACCAAAUUCUCAAUUGCCAUUGAUUCGUUACACAAAAAGUUUCCUCAGUACAAGCUUGUUUUCAUCGAUGUCUAUAAUUCUAUACUUGAUUGCAUAGUCAACCCUCAAAAAUAUGGACUUGAAGAAGUACAGAAAGGGUGUUGUGGCUCAGGAAACAUAGAGGUGUCCAUACUAUGCAACAAAUUCAGUGGAACAUGUGAAGAUGACACAAAAUAUUUGUUUUGGGAUAGUUAUCAUCUUACUGAGAAAGGUUAUCGGAUUCUCGUUGAUCAGAUCAUAAAAAGUUAUACCAAUAGUUUCUCAUAGACGUUAACAGCUUGUUUGGAUGGUUGUUCCUCGUUGUAUCGUAUUGUAUUGUUAUCCCAAAAUAAUAUUUGU